AAAAACCAUGCAUGAGUUACCUUACUGCAGCUGGAGGACCAAGGCUAAUAAAUAAACCAACAGAAAAGGCACGCCGGUGUGUGUGGUGUUUGGCGUCGGUUGCCGGUGGUGGUGUGGUUGGGUCGACAUCGAAAGAAGAUAUUUUUAGACAGAAAAGUCUGGCCUAGGCGAGAGAUAAUUUUCUUAUUAAUUAGCCUAAUUUAUUUGGAGGGUUAUUUCUACUUAUCCGUCCAUCAUUAUGGAGGCUGAAAAUAUUGAUGCGGACAUUGAAAUGAAAGAGAACGUAAACAUUAUGCUGCAGAACGAGGGCAUUCAACCCACUACCGAUGAGGAAUUUGAAAAGGGGAUAAAAAGAAAAGCUGAAGAUGACGACGAAGAUAUGGCUGAGGAUUCGCCGGAUCUCAAUAGCCCGCCAUCUGGUGGCCGAAAAAAGAAAAAGCGUCAGAAAAAAAUGAAGCACCCACCUCUACCGAAAAAUGCCCUCAUGGAAUUACACGAAAUCAAACCAGGAUUAAAGUUCUCGCUGGUGACCCAAAGAGGGCCUGUACAUGCGCCUACAUUCUGCAUGUCCGUUGAGGUAAAUGGCCAGAUGUUUGAGGGCGAAGGCACGACAAAGAAGAAAGCAAAAUUAAAUGCCGCUGAGAAUGCACUGCGGUCAUUUAUCCAAUUUCCUAAUCCAAAUGAGGCUCAUUUGGCAAUGGGACAGCGUAUUUACAACUUCGAUUUCACGUCGGAUAGUGUUGAUCCGUUUCUCAAUCAAUCUCAAAGUGCUGACGCCAGUUCAAUUGUUACUCCUGUGAAUCCUCCAGAAAACAAUGGGACGGUGAAUCAACCCCCGGUCAUAGCCAGCCCACAACCAACGCCACCAGAGCAACCAAGUGGGAAAAAUCCAAUAAUGAUUUUAAACGAAAUGCGGCCAGGACUCUCCUACGAGUUCAUUUCCGAGUCUGGGGAAAGCCAUGCAAAGAACUUUGUAAUGAGUGUUUCAUUAGAUGGAAAAAAAUUUUCAGGAUCGGGUAGAAAUAAAAAACAAGCAAAGGCACGUGCUGCUCAAUCAGCUUUGGCUGAAAUUUUUGAUGUCCAGCCCACCCAUCCCCCGGGCUUGCAGCCGAUACAGAGCGAAGACCCUCACAAAGUCCCCCCGAUGGCUCUUGCUGACCAUGUCCACACGCUUGUUCUUCAGAAGUUUGGCGAGCUGACGGACAAUUUUUCUUCGCAGUAUGCCAAGCGUAAAGUUUUGGCUGGUAUUGUCAUGACAAUUGGCGAUGAUCUUAAUAAUUCAACGAUUCUAUGCAUUACGACGGGAACAAAAUGCGUAAGUGGCGAAUACAUGUCUGAGAAGGGUUUAGCAGUGAAUGACUGUCAUGCGGAAAUAGUUGCACGCCGCUCUUUGUUACGCUACUUUUAUGCGCAGCUUGAAUUGCACAAACAGAAGGAAACAAGUGAACAAUCUAUUUUUCAAAACACUGGGAAUGGUUUCAAGCUGAAGGAGGGCAUUCGCUUCCACCUCUAUAUUAGUACUUCUCCCUGCGGAGAUGCCCGCAUUUUUUCUCCGCACGAAGCAACGGGAGACGGGGAUGCUAGCGAUAGACAUCCAAACCGGAAAGCUAGAGGACAACUGCGGACCAAGAUCGAGUCCGGGGAAGGUACGAUUCCUGUUAAGUCGUCAGCAUCAACAAUACAAACAUGGGAUGGCGUGCUUCAGGGUGAGAGGUUAUUAACAAUGUCAUGCAGUGACAAACUUGCAAGGUGGAAUGUGGUAGGUGUACAAGGAGCGUUACUCUCUCAUUUUGUUGAGCCUAUUUACCUGAGCAGCAUAAUACUGGGCUCACUCUACCAUGCUGAGCACUUAUCGCGUGCAAUCUACACGCGCAUGAAGCUGGUCGAUGAGCUCCCGACUCACUACAAGUUGAACAAACCGAUGUUAAGUGGCAUCAGCAAUGCAGAAAGCCGGCAGCCUGGAAAAGCGCCCAAUUUCAGUAUCAACUGGACAACGGGGGACAAAGGCAUCGAGGUUAUCAACACCAUGACAGGGAAGGACGAGAGCGAACAGUUCUCCCGGCUUUCGAAGCAUGCUUUGUAUGGACUCUUCAAACGUCUGUAUGGUGUGCUGCCAAGCUACGUUAAUCAUGAUUCCGAGCUGAGAAUGUACUGUGAUGCAAAGUCACAGGCUACAGAGUACCUGACGACUAAAGAGAAGCUGAUGAAAGUUUUUGAAGAAGCAGGCCUAGGAAUUUGGAUUAAAAAACCUAUUGAACAAGAUAUGUUUGAGUGACAUGGACCAACAACUGGUCUGAUGUUAUUAAUCGUGGUUGUAUUAUUUUAAUGCCUUUCAUAUUCUCACUAGCGAUUUCUGUAGUUGUGUAGAUGUAUUUGUUUUACUUGUUGUCAGAAAACAGGAAGAUGAGUGUUUAGUCACUGAUUGUACCUUAUACUAAAACAAGUGCCACUUUUUCUAAAUUUUAAAUAGAGAUUUAUUUUGGAUGAGAGAGUCCUUGUCAGCUAUCUCCUUCCUCCAUAUUGUAAUGAAUAAUUGGAUGGUUUCAAAUAUGUAGAACGUUACAAGUAAAUGAUUAUUAUAAAGCAAAUUUUCAAAUUUGCCAAAUACUGUACCACCAAAAAUUGUUCUUUUAACUUUCUGAUCGGAAGUUUUUUUUUUUUUGACCAAAUUAAAUUAUUUCUGUAAAGUUAUAAUUAAUCUUAAUUUUGCUAUUAAAAUGUAUAUUUUAGUCACAGGUGUGUAUGAAUACAGUAUGUACUGCAGUACAAAUGUGCAUGCAUAAAGUUUUGUAAUGUUUUAAGAAUUUAGUCUAACUCUACUGUGAUUCAAUCCGCAAAAGUGUACAUUGCUAGUUAUAGAAUUUAAUUCCAUCUAUAGUAUUUAUCCUAGCUGGGUAUAAAGAUUAGGCUACAUGUUUAAAUGAUGUGUUUAGCAUAGCUUAGUUAGACAUACCUGUAGGUGAGAAUAGGGCCAAAAUAAGGAACAGCUGCUGCCUGUGAUGACAUCCACGGAAUGCAGGCCUAGGCUAGCUAUCUGCUUUGAUUGUAGAAAUAAUGUAACAGUACAGUAUCUUCCAGCUUAGGCUUUAGGACCAAAAUGUGCAUGAUAACCAUUGCAUUUAUAUAUUUUACUUUAAUUUAUGUUAGUUGAUGUAACUCAUACUUUAUACUGGUUAUUACGAUUAAUAGUGAAAUAUCUGUUAAUCAGUGUAACCUGAUUGUGUUUCUGUUGGAAGUUGUUUACUUGUACCUGGUUCCAUAAAAUCGCUACAUGCCAUCGCCGAGAGCUUUUGGUGAGGCAUAUUGGUUAUUCGAAUCGGGUAGCCUUCCCAAUUGCAUCUAGUCAGCUAUGCAGGCUUGUAGCAAGUGCAGUGCAGAUACUAUUGCGAUUUUUAUGGAAACUAGGCUAAAAUUUGUUAAUUUUAAAUGUUUAUUAUUCUUUUGAUGAAAUUUUUGUUUUAUUUUGUUUUAUUUAUUAAGGCAUAGUAAUGAUGUUUAUGUCUUAAAUUAGAGCUGAACUUUACUGUUGGCUUUUUAAGAUACUGUAUACAGUACAUUACUGUGCUGUUUGUGCCUAACCAAAACCUUGCACAAUUAAAUUUAAUCUUAUUUUGAAUUUGUAUACAAUAAUUACUUUAUUAGAUUUUCUAUUGAAGCUUACAAAAAAGAAUAGUUUCCUCACAAAUUAAAUUUAUAAUAUUUUGAAAUUGACUUUUCCAUUUUGAAGUAUUAAUCAAACUUAUCAACUGGUGCUUAGAAAUUAGCGUAUAAAAUAUGGACCCUGAAUUUUAUACCAGAUAAUUAUAAAAACAUUAAAACAUUUCCAACCUCAAGUCGCUAAACUAGAACUAUGAAUUUGUUUUAUCUUAAUUAUAUGGGGUAAGUUAGGAUUGAACAUUUUAUCAAUACUCUACUACAAUCAUUUCUAUGUUCCAUUUGAUAAUGUUUAUGUUACUUCAAAAUGAGCAAGUUUAUUUUAAUUUUUUUUUUUUUUUUAUCAUUUUUAAUGGUAAAUGCAUACAGUAAAUACAUUUUUAAAUGGGCACUAAAUUGGCUGGUGAGUACAGUAGUUUAAAAACAAAAAUCUGUAAAUAAGUGAAAAUUUUAGAGUUGUGAUCUUGUAUCAUUUGUAAGUAGAUAAAGUGAACAAUUCAAUGCUUACUGUAUUUGAAUUUUAUGUUUCCAAGUUUUUAAUCACAGUCAGUAUCUUAAGUUAACUUACUACUAGGCACUGGUUUACCAGUUGUGUGUUACGUUAUUUGUUUUUGAACCCUCUGUUUUAUCAGAAUACUCUAAUAGGUCUACAUCAUGAAAUUGUAUUUUUCUUCUCAACAUUUACUCUUUGUGAGCGGUAUAUCGAUAAUGUUUUUUACAGAUCAAAUUAUUUUAUUAAGCUGGUUUUGUUUUAAAAGUUUAUAGCCUGUUGUAGAUAUAUUAUCGUUGUUUUCUCUCUUUCUUCAUUGCCAGGGUAUAUAUACAAGAUUUAUGUGGGGGUUUGAAUUGGGAAGUCUCUCAGUCAAUUUACUUUGAAACAAACAUAAGCGAUGGAUGGUAGUAACAGUGUUUCAGUUUAUUGUACAUGUACAAAUAUAGUAGUUUUGUUUGACAGUGUUGUGUCUACAGUACAUCACUUUUUAAAUACGAAGAUCAUGUAAAAGUGGUUUUUUGUUUUUUUUUUGGUCAGUCAGUUAUUCAAUGCGAUUGCCACUUGUAAGUCUACUAGAACUACAUUGGUCAAUAAUGGUUGUAUUGUUGGCCACUAUAUUGUUUAAUUGGUUCAUUCUAGCCAGUAUAAUCUGCUAAUAACUUACUAUUACUGUAUUAUUAGUGUUGUGAUUACUGUACAUCAUAUAUAGAUGCGAUGAUCAUGUUGUCAAUUGUUUUUUUCGGUCAGUCUGUUAUUCAGUGUGAAUGCCACUUUAUUUGUAAGGCUACUAAUGGUCAAUAUUGGUCGUAUUGUUGGUCACUACAUUGUUUAAUUGGUUCAUUCUGGCCAAUGUGCUCGGCCAUUAUUUAUGGUCAGUAUGUUAGUUGAUAUUUUACAUCUGUUACAAUCGUUUAAUUUGUAGCCAUUCAUGUAGCAGCUUUUUCCAGUUGCAAUUGCAAUAAAAAGUGAAAAGGGCGACAUUUACACCCAAGUUCUUGA